AUGGUGAAGUUGCUGCUGCUGGCUGGCUAUUUGGUUUUUAUGAUCGUUAUACAAGUGAGGACCGAGCUUGUUCAAGCGAGCACUCGCCUUCCUUUUCUCAUCAACUCUCAAGACCUCGAGCCAUAUGAAUAUGUUACUAUAACAGAGAAACUUACCUGCCAGGAGUUGCGUACACCCUCUCCAUGUCGUAAUGAAACAGACUUAAGUGUCACGAGAGAAACAGAGGCCAUCAUUUUUCUGCAGGAUGCAACGAUGACUGCGACACAGCCUGUUGCAAUUGCGAUAUCAGCAAACAGCCUCCAUUAUGCGUGCUAUGUUGUAGAGAAGACCCUUGACUUAAUGAAAUCGUGA